GUGGUCAUCCAUAACAAGCUGAAUGAGAAGUGCAAGCCACACAACUAGCAGUGCAGUGUGUGUGUUAGCCCCGCUGGUAUGAGCCCUGAUAUUUUUACCCUGUUAAUUAGCUUGAAUCAAAACUACCUUGAGUUGUGUGUAAAUAGCUGAUUAAAUCUUUUUGCUUCAGCUACUGUAGGUAGCUCAAUAGUCUUCUUAAGCUGUAAAGUGAGGAGUGUAGUAUAACAAGCCUCAAUUUGUCCCUUUUUCCGUAUUUCCAUAAACCACAGAAAAAAGGUUGCAUUAGUUCUCGUUCAAGAGUCACAUACCAACAUAUAGGAAUAAAAUAGAUAGUUAAAUAAGAAAAUGAAACUAAACUCAGUUUGUCGACCUGUGUGAUUGAGUUACUUUAUGUCAGAUAGCAUGAGAGUGAAAAGAAACAAGAAGUAAAAAUAUCUAAUUUGUUUUCUCUUUGAGAGUUGGAUGAGAGGAUCAGUCUGCUAAAAAUGGAGCUGCAACUACUAGCCUGGUAGCUUCGCUUAGCUUAGCAUAAAGACUGGAUAUGAUGAAACAUCUAGUCUGGUUCUGUCCAACUGUAAAAAAAGAAUAAUAUACCAGCAUCUCUUAAGCUCAUUUCUCCUGAAAUCUAAAUAAAAACUCAUGUUUAAAGUUGACCUGGUUUUUCAGGGAGUAGUUUUGUGGCUGAGUGUUGAUGUUAUCACCAGACAGAUCAAGACUAGCUGUUAAUUUCAGUCUUAAUGCUAAGCUAACUGUCUCUUGUCUUCCGUUUCAUGUUCAAAAGCCACAUAUUUCUUCCUAGUAAGACCAAUAACCACAUUUUUAUAAAUGUCAAAAUAUUCAAUUUUCUUUUUAUGAAAGUUUCUCUCCCCCUCUCUCUCUGUCAUAGAAAGGAUAUUUCUUAUUUGAAGUAAUGGGUUUUGUGUUGCAGCUGAGGAUAACACUUCUGGAGAACCUGCUGUAAAUAAUCAUCUUCUCUUGCUUAACCUUUUCACCUCUCUGUUCCUCCUAUUGUAUAUUUCUAAGCUUGUAAAUAUAAAACACUGAGAUGAUGCAGCUUUUACUCUUCAAGCUGUGGUUUCUGGUAAUGAGGACAAUGAUCAUGUCUCAUGUUCCCCGUCUUGAGGGCUUUGAAAAGCUUCAGCGCCAGAAUUUCUCUGCAGUGUCUGUUACACCUUUCUCUCCUCCUUUUUGAAACCACCAUGUUGAAGAGGAGGGUGAAGAUAAUUAUGUAAUGUUGUAUCUUUGUGCGCGCUUGAAGUUAGACUUCAGUCUCUAAGAUACUUGGUAGAGGAUGGCAGCUGGGAGAGGCAUUCCAGUUUAAACCACACUCUUUUUCUAGGCUUCAACAUGUACUGACUUGAAUAAAAUCCACAGUUUCAAUUCAACUGGGGGGGAGGUAUUUUAUUUGGUCAUUAUAACUGGAACUGCGCUGUUAUUUAUUUGCGUUGUUAGGCUGUAUUUUCUUUGUGUUCAUAGAGUAAUUAUUUUAAUUUACUGACACAGCUGCUGCCAUUUUCAUACUGCAUUAACAUUUAACUUGUUUUUUUGUGUAUUUUUCUUUUAGAUAGGUCUGGUCAUUUUCUUUCUUUUUUUUUGCUAAAUUCAUGCUUUUGCCCCCAAUACCUCUAGUCCUCAGAUGGCCUUGUCCAAAAACACUUGUGCACCUCUCAACACAUCUAGGGAUAAACAAUGGUCAGCACAAUGGCAGCAGCCCUCUAGUACAGGAUGUGUUUGCCAUAAUGCUGCUCUGUUUCCUGCACUGAUGUAGUAGUGAGAGGUGGAGUGUUUCUGUCAAAGCCUCAUAUCUACUGUGCUUGUCUAAUCAUAGUGUGUGUGUGUGUGUCGUCUCCGCCGCCAGUACAGUUCAUUGAGACACAUUUGAGCUUCUGCAGAUGUUCCCAUACACAUGUGUUGGAACAGAUGCAUUGUAAAAACAUAUUCACUACAGUGUUGGCACAACAUCUGAGUUGUAAUACUAAACAUGACACAAGUCUGUUACCACUCUCUGUAAAGUGUUUGUUUGUUGUCACCGCAGUCACAAAUUGCUAAUGAUCAAACCCCCCAAGUGUGGUGUGUUCAUCAGAAGCUAAAUUAACUGUUUAAUACAUUCAUACAAACCCAGCAACUUCCAAGUUCAACACUUCAAUUAUCCCUGUAAAUAACCUGUCUUCAUUUGUUUGACAGUUUUGAGUUUGAAAAUGACUGAAGAUGUGUAUCUGUGUACAUUUCAUAAGUUUAAUUGCUAUUACUGCUGUUCUCAUCAAUGAUGUUAUAUCACUGGUCUUUGAGUGUCCAAUCCUUUCUGGUGUGAUGCACACAUCCUGCAGCAGUUAUUCUACACAGUGACUAUAUGCACACAUAUUUAUGAUUUUUUCCAGGGCAUAUGACGUUAUUAGAACGAAGACUUUUUUAUUUUUAUUUUUUACUUUGUUUGGUUUCUUAUAUAUUUAACUUUGUCUAUUUUUCCUCACUCUUAAUGUGUCUUUCAUUUUGUGUAUUUGUACCGCUGACUGUAAGCAGUUAGCACACUGUCCUUAUUUGACAAUGGAGGGGUUUCGCCAUUUUUUAAAACUUAUUCCCUCUGCAAAGACCUCAAUUUACUGCUUUUAGAAGACUUAUUGAUUUUGUUUCCACUUAAAAUUUGCAUAUUAUAAUGUGCACAGGUGAUGGAAAGCCAUAUUUUCUAGAUGUGAUUUAAAACUUCAAAUGAAAUGUCGACUUUACUAUUGAACAUUAGCACGCAAGCCAAAGUAACACAAUCCAGCAGCCAAGAGCUAAAUAAUAAUUUUACAUUAAGCACUAAAAAAAAAGUUUACUUUUCAAAUACUUACUGUACCUGCACCAAAAGACAAAAAGAAAGCUCCAUGUCUGAGGCUAACAAGACCACUAAGUGAAACUCAUGUUUAAUCUACCACAUGUAUGCACCUUCCUCGUUCUAUUAUGGACGUAGUGAAGUACUGCGAGAUUAAAACAUAUUUAAAACUGCCAAUGUAUAGUCCUUAGUUUAGAGGCUUAACUGUAUUGCUGUUUGGACCUGGUUUAUGGUCCACAAUCUACCUCAGGUGUUGUGGCUCCCCCAAGUGGCAGUUCAGUGGAACCUCAAGUCACGAGUGAACACAUUCAGUCUCCAUCACAUACAGUUUCACUGUUGCUACUGCACAAAUGUAGACUACUGGAAUGAUUAAAAACAAAAUAAAGCUUUAUUCAGGUUUAUAUUAAGCACAUUCCUCUAAAUCGAUGCAGACUAGCUCAUAGUGCUGUUUAAAACUUAAUUUAUUUCAAUGACAUUUCAGAACAUUUGCUUUGUUGGUAUGAGUUGGUGGAUUUAAAUAAUUUAAAGCAGUUUAGUAGAGGUUAAGCCAAUCGUUGUGUUCACUUGGCAUGUGUCCGGUUACUAAUAGAUUGAACUCGGUCAUCAAACUAGCAGACUUGAGACACGGCUCCAUCGGGAAGUCGCUGUUUUUGUAAGUGUGCAGUUAUUCUCGUCUGUACACAGCGGAGCGUCACUAAGGUGCAGACAUGCUGUUUAUCUCAUCUCUUAUUCAGGUGGAGGGGCUGAUGUUGUGCUUCUCCUGUCGCAUACUUGUAAACUCUUCGUUGUUUCGUUAAGACCUGAGUACAUGCUAUUUAACCCAGUCUAACUGUGCGUGUCUCCACAUUAUGUUGUUGGUUAUAAUAAUCAUUCUCUAACGGCAGCAUAGCUCACCCAGAUGGCGUGCGCUGCUCCUUUGCGGAAGCGCGGUCUCGCGUUGACUCUCACGAGCGCGCACGCUGCUUUUUACGGCGGUGUCACGUUUUUCCGUCCGUGACGUCACUAGUUGCACUUCUCCUUCGUGCUUCCUGUACAAUGGCCGCUCGCAGGGAGGCGGACAGUAAUGCCAGAGUUUAGUAAAUGAGCGCGUGUGUUGGAGUGUGUACAGUAGGAUGGCGGUGACACAGCUAAUACGGCUGUUAGUCUGUCGACCGGCUGCUCGUGCGACACUUCACGCGCACCGGAGUUACAGCAAGGUGUCCCCACUUUUAUCUGAGCGACUGCACAUCUUUGAGUCACUCAGGGAGAGACGAGGCAGUGUGAAGAGAGCUGAAGCUUCAGAGAAGACCCUCAGCAUUCGACUGGCUGGUGGCCAAACGGUGAAAGGAACAGCUGGUGUGACUACACCACUCAUUGUUGCUCAGAGUGCUCGGUUGAAGGGAGCAUUGGUGAGUAAGGUGAAUGGGCAGCUGUGGGAGCUUGGACAACCUCUAGAGGUCGACUGUGAACUACAAAUUCUGGGAUUUGACACAGUAGAGGGAAAACAGGCAGCCUGGAGGACAGCAGCAUGUGUCCUGGGUGCGGUGUUGGAGCGGGAUUUUGGUGCCAACGUGUUCAGAGAAGGCGUGUCAGAGCUCGGUUUUUACUGUGACCACCUGCAGAAUAACAGUGCCUCGUCUCUGAACGACAUAGAGGACAGAUGUAAGGACGCCGCUGCCCUCAAACUUCCUUUGUCCACACUGGAGCUGAAUGUAGAAGAGGUGCGAGAGCUCUUCCAGAGCAGCAAGUUGAGGCUGCAGCUUGUUGAGGAGCAGAUGAAUGGCCCCACCGUGACAGCAUACAGGUGUGGAGACAGCAUAGGGGUCUGUAAUGGCCCCCUCCUCCCACACACUGGCCUUCUCAAGGUCUUCAAGAUGCUUCAGCUUUCUCCCGUGACCCUGGCCAAUCAGACGGAGUCAUCAGGUUUGAUGCGUCUGUUAGGGGUUGCCUUUCCAGGAGUGAAGGACAAAGAAGAGUGGGAAAGGGAGCAGGAGGAGGCGAGGAGGAGGGACCACAGGCGCAUUGGGACAGAUCAGGACCUGUUCUUCUUCAAUGAUGUCAGUCCAGGCAGUUGCUUCUUCUUACCUAAAGGAGCACACAUUUACAACAAACUUACUGACUUUAUUAAGAGUGAAUACCAAAGGCGAGGCUUUACCGAGGUCAUGACUCCAACUCUGUACAGCACUGCAUUAUGGGAGCGCUCUGGCCACUGGGAGCACUACAGCGAGAACAUGUUCACUGUGACGUCAGAGGGCUCUCAAACCUACGCUCUCAAGCCCAUGAACUGCCCUGCACACUGUCUUAUGUUUGAGCAGCGCGUUCGCUCGUGGAGGGAGCUUCCUCUACGAUGGGCAGAUUUCGGGGCCCUGCAUCGCAACGAGCUCUCGGGAGCGCUGGGCGGUCUGACUCGUGUACGCAGGUUCUGCCAGGACGACGCUCACAUCUUCUGCACACCUGAGCAGCUGGAAGAGGAGAUCGUGGCUUGUUUGGACUUUGUGAGGAGUGUGUAUCAAGUGUUUGGCUUUUCUUUCCACUGUCUCCUCUCUACACGGCCUACACCGUGCUUAGGGGAGCCUGAACAGUGGGAUAGUGCAGAGCAGCAGUUGGAGAGAAGUCUGCAGCACUUUGGUGAACACUGGGAGUUGAACCCAGGAGACGGAGCCUUCUAUGGACCAAAGAUUGACAUUCAGAUCAAAGAUGCCAUUGGAAGACAACAUCAGUGUGCCACAAUCCAGUUAGACUUCCAGCUGCCCAUUAGAUUUGACCUUCAGUAUGUCGGGCAAGAUGGACAGCUGCACAGACCAGUGAUGAUCCACAGAGCCGUGCUGGGGUCACUGGAGAGAAUGAUCGCUAUACUCGCCGAGAACUUCGGAGGGAAAUGGCCGCUGUGGUUAUCACCAGCACAGGUCAUGGUCAUUCCUAUAGGGGGCAGCAGUGAGUCUUAUGCUCGGCAGGUGGCGCUGCAGUUCCGUGAGGCUGGCUUCAUGGCUGAUUUCAAUGAGGAUCAGGGAGCGACCUUAAAUAAGAGGAUUCGCUCUGCUCAGUUGGCUCAGUACAACUACAUAUUUGUGGUGGGAGACAAGGAGAGUGAAAGUGGAACAGUGAAUGUGAGGAACAGACGGGGUAAACAGCUUGGGAUGAGAACAACAGAGGAGGCGCUGACCUCUCUCACACAACUACAAGACUCCAGGAGCAAUCUAGAGGAGUUUUGAUGAAAAUGUCCAGGAAAUAAUGAGUCACUGAUGUAAUUAAUGUUUGUUUUACACGUUCCAGCUGUUUCAUUUCACCUUUGUCCAAAGAGCCUGCUAAGAUUUGUAAUAAACCCAUAAAAAUCAA